AUGUCUAGAGUAUCACCAUUUGAUUUAUCGAAAUGCGCCCGACCAAAUAUUCUGCAAUUGCAACCCUACCGCUGUGCUAGAGAUGACUACAAAGACGAUGGGACCAACAUCCUUUUGGACGCAAACGAGAAUGCCUACGGUCCUAGCCUGGUAUUGAGUGCAGAGGGUGCCCUGCAAGCCUCACAGACUGGUGAUGCGACAGGUGCUUCCAACCCAGAGAUCGACUUUCUGGGCUUGAACCGAUACCCCGACCCUCACCAGAUUGAACUUAAGCAGCUCUUCUGCAACCUCCGCAAUACCCACCACCACACACAAAAAACCCUGAAGCCCGAAAGCCUGUUCGUUGGCGUCGGAUCCGACGAGGCCAUUGAUGCAAUGCUACGAUGCUUCUGCACACCGGGCAAGGACAAGAUUCUUACCUGCCCACCGACUUACGGAAUGUACAGCGUGAGCGCCCAGGUCAACGACGUCGACAUUGUCAAGGUGCCGCUCGACGUGAGCAACGGCUUCCAGCUGCAGGUCGACAAGAUCAACGAGGCACUCUCCACCGACCCAUCCAUCAAACUUGUGUAUAUCUGCUCUCCCGGCAACCCCACCGCCAACCUGAUCCGCAAGGAGGACAUCCGCAAGGUGCUAGAGCACCCCACAUGGAACGGCGUGGUGAUCGUGGACGAGGCAUACAUCGAUUUCGCCGAGGAAGGCUCCAGUCUGGCCGAGUGGGUCACUGAGUGGCCCAACCUAGCCGUGAUGCAAACCCUCAGCAAGGCAUUCGGUCUCGCAGGCAUCCGUCUCGGUGUAGCCUUCACCAGCCCCGAGAUCGCACGACUCCUGAACAGCCUAAAGGCCCCCUACAACAUCUCCAGUCCGACCAGUGCACUUGCGACCGCCGCCCUGAGCGCCCCCAACCUGGCGGUGAUGCGGCAGUACCGGGCGCAGAUCGUCGCGCAACGUGACCGUCUGCUCCGGGAGUUGCCGCAGAUUCCCGGUGUAGGCCGGUUCCUGGGUGGCAAUGAUGCGAACUUCUUGUUGGUGGAGAUUCUAGAUAACGGGAAGCCGAGUAAUGUGGCGGCACUGGCGGCGUAUGAGGCGUUGGCAGAGAAGCGUGGGGUUGUGGUUCGGUUCCGUGGUAAAGAGUAUGGAUGUGAGGGUUGUAUUCGUAUCACUGUCGGGACUGAGACCGAGGUGACUAAGUUCCUGCAGGAGUUACGGGUUGUCUUGGCUGGAUUACAGUCGGGAAGCGGCAUUCAAUCUGUACGGGAGUAA